GCUCGGUCUGCAGUGAAAGAAGUAAACCACGCCGGAAGUGGAUCGCUCUCCUUUUCAGACUCAAUAUUUGAGCGUCAGGGUGCCACCAAAGCAGCAUUUCUUCGUCGUAUUUUCAACAACCGCCGCCGCCCGAGUGUCCCCUUGCGUCAUGUCGAACUUCCAGCAGCUCCAGGCGGCCGUCAACGAGCGUCUGCGCGCGGCCGCCGAGGAGAUCUUUGAGGCGGUCAGAGGUACCAUCGUCGGCCUGGAGGACGAACUGCUGCGCUCAAGGCUUGAGCUCGAGCGACACCAAAGACUUGCAGUACACAAAGAUACAGUCCCGCUGUCUGUGUCGGUGCCACUUGGAGGUCUGGAGAUGCAGGACGAGGAUGAAGAAAAGAGAGAAGACGAGCCAUGCGAUCCCGACUGGAAAGCGCCGCUCGAGCAGGAUCCUACCACUGUUGACCGGAGUGUGGAAGCAGAAGAUAAGAUAAGCAGCUCCCCCGUUCCGUGCGACCAUGACAACAACGAGAUGGCGCACCAAGUGGAAGUGAUGUGCGAUGGCGACAUCGGCAACGGUGACGACGACCAAGCGUCGCUAAGCACGCCAGGCCAGGACAGCGACGAGGAGUGGCAGCCCAGCGAGAGCGACGAGUCGAAGAAGAAAUCGGCGCCCAAGGCCACCUUUAGCUGCAAAGUUUGCGGGAAGAGCUUCCAUGCUAUCAUCUCGCUGGCCAAUCACAGCGAGGUGCACCCCAAGGACGUGUGCGGUGUGUGCGGCCAAUGCUUCGACUCGGAUGAGAGCUUCAAGCGCCACCUCAAGACGCAUCAGAGGGGCAAGGUGUGCGUUGUGUGCGGCAAAGGCUUCGGUACGGCCAAGGCGCUGGAGAUGCACGUCCGCGUGCACACGGGCGAGAAGCCCUUUGAGUGCGGCGACUGCGGGAAAGCCUUCAACUGUCGCCACAACCUGACCAGACACAUGCGCCGGCAUACGGGAGAGAAACCCUACACCUGCCAGGUAUGCGGCCAGCAAUUCAGUGACCAUUCCACCAGGAAGCGCCAUCUGCUGGCCCAUGAGAGCAUUGCGGACGGUGAGCCAAGGGAGUGCCAGGGCGGCGUCCGGCAGCCCAAGGAGGGUGGCGCGGUGUGCGUGGUGUGCGGUAAAAGCUUCCACGCCGUCAGUUCUCUGGUCAACCACACCGCCGAGCACCAUUCUGACUGCGGUGUGUGCGGCGCCCAAGCCGACGACCUGGCGGCGCACCUACAGACGCACGGCAGUGGCAAAGCCUGCGAGGUGUGCGGCAAACGCUUUGACAGUUCUCGUGUCCUGGAAACACAUAUGCGCGUGCACACGGGCGAGAAGCCCUUUGUGUGCGGCGACUGCGGCAAAGCCUUCAACUGCCAACACAACAUGCGGCGCCACAUGCGCACGCACACGGGCGAGCGGCCGUAUGCCUGCGACCAGUGCGGCAAGCUCUUUAACGACCACUCGGCCCGGAUGCGCCACCUGCUCCUGCACCGGAAGAAGGAGACGACGGCGACGACGACGGCGACGACGGCGGCGACGACGACGGCGACGACGGCGGCGACGGCGACGACGGCGGCGACGGCGACGGCGGCGGCGGGGCCGAGCCCCUCCAAGAAGAGCCGCGUCAUCUGUGUGGUGUGUGGGCGCAUGUUCCACGCACUGGUGGCGCUGGUCAACCACUGCGACAGCCACCAGACAGACUGCGGCAUUUGCGGGGCUCACGCCGACGCCGGCGAGCAGAUGAAGGCCCACCUGGCCACGCACCGAAACGGCAAAGUGUGCGAGGUGUGCGGCAAAUGCUUUGACGGCCGCAGGGAUCUGGACACGCACAUGCGGGUGCACACGGGAGAAAAGCCCUUCCAGUGUAGUGUGUGCGGGAAGGCCUUCAACUGUCAACACAACAUGACGCGACACAUGCGCACACACACGGGCGAGAAGCCGUACGCGUGCGGCGUGUGCGGACGGCGCUUCAGCGACCGCUCGGCUCUGAGCAAGCACGGCGACGUGCACACGGGCCAGAAGGCGCACGCGUGCCAAGUGUGCGGGAAGGCCUUCUUCCGUAAGGCCAACCUCAGGUUGCACAUGAAGUGCCACGGGGACCAACGGUGACGGCAAGCAAUAAAAAAGAAAUUUGGCUAUUUUUGAGGCAAAUUCUAGUUGGUCUUCCAGAAAACCUGCUGCAUCACCUUGCUAACAGUUAACACACAUCUUGCAGAAAAACAACACCAAUGACAAUUUGAAUGUUGAUCCAAGUAACACUGGUACUACAAUUGGUCAACUUUUAAUAAACCUUUAUUCAUAUUU